GCCGCCUCCACGUCCCCGAAGGGGAUGCAGGCAAAGUCGGCCACGUUGCGCUUCCGGCGGUCGUUGAGGGACCUCAUGGCCAAGAUUCAGGUCGCGGAGACUCAUUAUGUGAGAUGCAUCAAGCCGAAUGCUGCGAACGUCCCCGAGGCAUUCACUGCCGGCAUGGUGCACGAGCAGCUUCGCUACAGUGGAGUCCUCGAGGCCGUCCGCAUUCGCAAGCAAGGCUUCGCGGCGCGGCUCCGUUUCGAG